GACCCGGGUGCAUGCGCCGCUCGGUUGUAGUCAUUGGUCGUCUUGGCGGCCCUGCUACGGGUGCCGUGUCUCCGACUACGAUGCGUCAUCCCCAAUGCGGGUCGGGUUGCGCCCGGCUUACGCUGUCAUCCACUACUGCACCCUGUACAUAGGGCGUUUGGUCUCGUUGGCAGUGGUAUGGGUUGUGGCGGGGAGGGGGAGUACAGCAGUGGAGGAGGUGGUUAUCACCCAUCAGCCGCACGACGAGAGGACAUUUAAGAGGGCGUCACGUCGCUCGUCGGGUCGGGUGAGCAUCUUUCAUCCUUCCUUCCACACAAGAUAAGACAAUUGAAAACAUUGAUUGCACCUGGUGUGUUAGAAUUGAACGGCCUCUACGACAAAUCUCGAUACCCAUUGACGAUACCCAUCAACCGGCUUGAAGCCUU